AUGGUGGCAAUUGAGGGUCGUCAAGUUUUGGUAAUUCUAGUGGCUUUGUUAAGUGCUAGUAGUAAUUGUUAUGAGAGUUGUGCAAUUGGAGUUUCUGGGAAAGAGAAGGUCAAAUUAGACAUUUACUACGAGUCACUGUGCCCGAGCUCUGCCAUAUUCAUAGUGGAGCAUCUGCCUAAACUUUUGGAUAGUGGACUCAUCCAUAUAGUAGAUCUCAAGCUUUUUCCUUAUGGCAACGCCAAUGUUUUUAACGGAACCAUCUAUUGCCAGCAUGGACAACUUGAAUGUUUGCUAAACACUGUACAGGCUUGUGCAAUAGAUGCGUGGCCAGAUUUGGAUGAAUACCUCCCUUUCAUUAACUGCGUUGAAAAUGUGGUAUUGGAAAGUUUUGUAUACAGAAGGAAGUAUCCACAGUGGCAAACAUGUUUUGAAAAGCUGGAUUUAGAAGCAAAGCCUGUUACUGACUGCUAUGGAAGUGCGCGUGGAAAAGAGCUCGAACUUCUUUAUGCUAAUGAGACACAAGCCCUUCAACCUCCUCAGACGUACGUGCCAUGGGUUGUUGUUGAUGGCCAAGCACUUUAUCAAGACUAUGAAAACUUCAUAAGUUACAUCUGUAAAGCUUAUAAAGGAACUGCUGUAGUCCCAGCUUGCAAUGCAUCUGUCAAAGUCAAUGAAAAAGGUAGGAAAAUUAAGCCUUUUGGUGUCACAAAGACAACUAGUUCCAAGUUAUCAACCAUAAGUUCAGCAAUUACAUCAUGGAUGAAGAAGCUAAGUGCAUUAGUAUGAGUCUACAGGCUCUGCUUUUCACCCUGCCCUUUUUUUUUCUUCUGUAAUAUACU